GUGGGGGUCGUCGAAAAUUAAUUGGGGCUCAGCUCUGUUACAGGUGCCCAAUCACGAAUCGCCCCACGAAACCCACCUCUCUCUCUCUCUCUCUCUCUCUCUCUCUCUCCCUCUCCCUCUCUCUUUCUUCGUCGUGUUAAUUUGGAUCCUCUCUCCAUUGGAGGAGCUCGAGCUCGAUCUCGAGCUCGAGAGGGAGAGGAAGAAGAGGAAUAGGAGGAACAGGGGAGGAGGAGCUUGUUUAAUUUUGGUUGCGUUUUGGUUUUGAGGGGAUUGGGGAUUGGGGAUUGGGGAUCGGGGGAAUGGAGUUGGAUAGCGUGGAGUGCGUGUCGACGAUCGACGAGGGGGAGGCCACCACCCUCCUCCUCCACCACCACCACCACCACCACCACCACCCCCACGGCCCCUUCUCCAAGCCCAACGGCGCCGGAGGAGGAGGCGGAGCUCCGCCGCAGGGGAUCUCCCGCUCCACCAGCGUGCACGAGUUGCUCGAGUGCCCCGUUUGUACCAAUUCCAUGUACCCUCCCAUCCACCAGUGCCAAAAUGGACACACACUAUGCUCGACAUGUAAAUUGCGGGUGCACAACCGCUGCCCUACGUGCAGGCAAGAGCUUGGAGAUAUCCGAUGCCUAGCGUUGGAAAAGGUGGCGGAAUCGCUCGAACUCCCAUGCAAGUACUACUCCUUGGGUUGCCCCGAAAUUUUCCCGUACUACAGCAAGCUCAAACACGAGGCCCAGUGCAACUUCAGGCCGUACAACUGCCCUUACGCCGGAUCCGAAUGCUCUGUUGUCGGGGAUAUCCCUUUCUUGGUCGCGCACUUGAGGGACGAUCACAAAGUGGACAUGCACUCGGGUUGCACCUUCAACCAUCGGUACGUGAAAUCAAACCCGCGGGAGGUCGAGAAUGCUACUUGGAUGCUCACUGUCUUCAACUGCUUCGGCCAAUACUUCUGCCUGCACUUCGAGGCGUUCCAGCUAGGCAUGGCUCCGGUGUACAUGGCGUUCCUGCGCUUCAUGGGCGACGACAACGACGCGAGGAACUUCACCUACAGCCUCGAGGUGGGGGGGAACGGCCGGAAGCUGAUAUGGGAAGGCACUCCGCGCAGCAUCCGCGACAGCCACCGGAAAGUCCGCGACAGCCACGACGGCCUCAUAAUCCAAAGAAACAUGGCGCUCUUCUUCUCGGGGGGCGACAGGAAGGAGCUGAAGCUGCGCGUGACGGGCCGGAUAUGGAAGGAGCCGCUGAACCUCGACGGCGGAGUUUGCAUACCAAAUCUUUGUACCUGAAAAAUUGGCCCUUAAAUGUCUCUAUCUCUCUCUCUCUCUCUCUCUCUCUCUGGGGAAUAUAUAUAGUGUUGAUUCUGGUGUUACUAAGUCGCUCUUCGCUGCUUCUUGUAUCAAUAGAUCACUGACUAUGGAAUGAGGGAGAAGUGCUGGAAAUCUCGGUAGAUUUAAUAAGUCAUGUAUCAUAGUCUUUUAAAGACUACCUAUGAUGCUGGUUAAGUUUUUAAUUUAUCCCAGUUCAGUUUCUGGAGA